AGCUCAUUCCCAGGGUAAACCACCUAAAAGUGAAUCCUAGCACAUCAAAAUAUCCUACCAUACAGCCAAAACACCACCCAAGCACGAUGCUACACACCUUCCCAUCUAAGCUGCCCCGGGGGCCUUCCCUCCUUCAAGCAUCGCAUCUACUUCCUUCCAAAUACUGCUCGCCGGUCGAGCAAUGAACAUCAGACCCCUAACAAGAAGAUGCUUCACUCCCUCAAUUGACCAACUCCCUAUCUCUCCUCUCUCCUGACCCUAUGACCCUCAUCCCCUAUCAUUAUCUCCAACGAUUCUAUUCUUAUACCCUAUAUAAAUCCCACCACGAUGCUCCUAAUCACCCUCAACUUCCUCCUUCUAACCAUCAUUACCCUCCUCCAACCAUCCCACAGCCACCCACACAACCAAACAGACCCCUACCCCCCCACCCCCUACGCCACAGUCAUCACCCACUGCGCCGUCCCAGGAACCAUCGCCCUAACCUUCGACGACGGGCCCUACACCUACACCCCGGCCCUCCUCGACCUCCUCAGCGAAUACGGCGCCAGAUCCACCUUCUUCUUAAACGGCUACCGACUCACCGAAUACACCGACGUCCUGCAACGCAUCUUCAACGAAGGACACCAAAUUGCCUCGCACACGUACGGCCACACGCACCUCCCCUCCCUCGACUACGCCUCCAUCGUAAACGAAAUGGGAGCGCUGGAGUCCCUGUUCCGGAACAUCAUCGGGGUGGUUCCGACCUACAUGCGCCCACCGUUCUUGGCCGUCGACGGGAGGGUAUUGGCCGUGAUGGCUGAACUAGGGUAUAAUGUUGUCGGAGCGAGUGUGGAUACCAAGGACUUUGAGAAUAAUGAUCCGUGGUUGAUAUAUGAAAGUGUGAGGAGGUUUUUGGCCGGGGUGGAUGCGGGUGGGUCGAUUGUGUUGGCGCAUGAUACGCAUGCUCAGACGGUCUUUACGUUGACGAGGGCCAUGUUGGAGGAGGUUGCGAGGAGGGGGUUGUAUGUCACGACUGUGGCAGAUUGCUUGGGCGAUACUGUUUGGUAUCGUUAG